AUGCCCGCCUCCUCUUCCUCGACAUCCUCGUCCCAGUCCCCCGCCGCCUCCAGCACCAGCGCCUCGUCGCCUGCCCAGAAGAAGAAACACGUCUGCCCCACCUGCGAGCGCGCCUUCACCACCAGCGGCCACCUCGCGCGCCACUCGCGCGUCCACACCGGCGAGCGCAACCACAAAUGCCCCUUCCCCGGCUGCGAGACUCGCUGUUCGCGCCAGGAUAACCUCCAGCAGCACUAUCGUAUCCAUCUGUCCCCGGGCUCCCGCCGCUCGUCUUCGCGCUCGGCGAUCGCACGCGCUAUGAACGGCGGAAAACGCGGCUCGGCCGCUCUUGCACUUCAGCAGGCCCAGGCGGCGGCAGCCCAAGCAGCCGGCCUCGACCCGCACCACCUCUCCUCCUCCCAGCACCAGCUCCACGGCGGACCCCCCCACCUCUCGCCCGCCCUCUCCUCCUCCUCCUCCUCCCCCCACGCCCUGCACCACUCCCCCAACCCGAACCUCAUCCCCCCGCCCCUCAGCGCACCCCCGGCCCUGGAACCCGCGCGAUUAUACCACCCCUCGCACCUGAGCACCGGGAACGGCUCGCUCUCCCCGCCCCCCGACUCCCCGCCCCCCCUCGCACAGGCGACGCUCCCCGCGACGAUGCACGCGCACCACCCGCACGCGCACACCCACUUCUCGUCCUCCCCGCACGCGUCCGCGCAGGCGCAGCACUUCCCCGCCUCCUCCUCGCACUUCCCGUCGUCCUCGCAGCACCAGCACCCGCACCCGCACCAGUACGGGCGCGGGUCGAGCUCGCCCGAGAUACCGUCGGGCUCGCCGUACACGCUGCACCACGCGCCGCAUGCGAACGGGUACUCGUACCGCAGCGGCACGACGACGUACCAGGAGCAGUCCCAGGGCACGGGCGGCGCGGGCGGCGGCCAGUGCUACACGUACGUACACACCACCCCCAUCACGCACCCGCACCCGCACUCCCCGCCCCUCCCGCACUCAAACAACAGCGCGCAAAACCAGAACCAGAACCAGAACCAGCACUUCACGUACCCCCCGCCCCCCGCGGCGUACCACCACGCGAACAACAACAACAACAACAACGCCACGCGCGGGAACAGCAGCGCGGGCGACGAGGGCUCGCUCCCCGGCUCGCCGGUCCUGCCCCAGUCGCUCUCCUCGCGCCACUCGAUCUCGCACAUCUCGCACCCGAAUCCGGCGCAUUACGCGCACCAUAACCAUAACCACAACCACAAUCAGAACCACCACAGCCAGAAUAGCUACGACCCCGGCUCGCCCACGUCCUCGCACUCGCACCCGUCCCCGUCCCUCUCGGGCCCGCCGACGCCCACGACGGGCGUAUACCCCCACCAUUCGCAGCAGUCGCACCACAGAGGCAGCCGCGGCGGCUCCGAGUCGCCCAACGGCUCGCCGAGCCUCCCCCCGCACGGCCUCCCCCCCACCAACACCAACACCAACACCAGCACCAACUCGGGCAACAACACCAACACCAACAACGCUAAUGGCGGGCCGACGAGCCAGCCGCCCUCCCCCUCGUCGUCGUCCUCCGCGAACUCGACCGCCUCGCCGUACACGCCGACGCCGCCGUUCCAGGACGACACCGUCGGGAUCAGCAUGGGCAGCGGGCCGCUCGGGCUCGCGGGCGGCGGGGGCGUGUACGAGGGCGGGCUGAUGGAGCAGCAUAAUCUGAGCAUGGGCUCGAUGAACUCGAUGAGCUCGAUGGGUGGAUAUGGUGGAGGCGUGGGCGGGGGUGCGUUUGGGCGGUUCGACUCCCCGCCCCCGGUGCUGGCGCCGAUCCAGGAGGGGAUGGUGUCGUCGGCGCAGUCGCGGCGCGGGUCGGUGAUUGGCGGGGGCAUGGACGGGCGGCCGGGGAGCGGCCACUCGACGGGCUCGCACUACUCGCAGCACCACCCCCAACAACACUCUCAACAACAACACUCCCAACAACACUCUCAACAACAACACUCCCAACAACAACAACACUCCCAACAACAACAACAUAACCAGAGCCAGCAGCAGGGCCACUCCCCGACGUCGCCGCACUCGCCGUACCACGCGCACCAGCUCGAGUACCCGUCGUCCAUGGGCUCGAUGGGCGGGCUGGGGGGCAUGGGCCUCGGGCUCGGGCCGGGCGCGUGGAAGGCGGAUAUGCGGGAUAUGAGGGAUAUGAGGGAUAUGAGGAUGAAGGGCGUCGGCGCGCUGAUCCAGUAG